UUCAUGCGCAUGCCCACCGAAGUUACUGCAAGGAUGGAGGCAGGAAUAACACAACCGUCAUACAUGCAACAUUUGUUAGAGAGUAAAGUUAGUACAGAACUGUCUGACAUGGAAUGUGCAUACAUAGUGGGUAUGAUAGGACUCGCAGGUGUGCCCACCAUGUCCUCCGCCGUGCUGACCUAUCUUCUCACUCUAUCUCCACAGUGGCAGACACGGUUGCAAGCGGAAGUUGAUAUGGCUUGUGAUGAUAGAACGCCAGAGCUUUCUGACUCAUUCCAGGUGCCAAUAUUGAGGGCUAUCAUCAUGGAACUUCUUAGGUGGAGACCCAUCACACUCAGCAGCAUCCCGCACGAAUCCACAGAAGACAGUAUCUACGACGGCCAUUUAUUCCAAAAGGCACGUAUAUCCACCCAAAUCAAUGGGCAAUCACACGUGACGCGACCAUGUAACCCUGGCCGUUUGCUCAAUCCCCUUUACCCGUCGUACAAAGGGCCUCUGGGGGUAUACCUAUCCACCCGAAAUUUCACCACGUUCGGGUACGGUCGCCAGGUUCGCAUGGGCAUGGAUCUCGUGGAGAACGAGUUAUUCGUCGCCAUUUGGGGGGAGGGUGAUGGCCUGGGCUGUUGAAAUCUUUAAGCAAAGAGACUGUGAUGGGGGAGAGACCACCGUUCCGCCGUAUGAGUAUUCGGCCUAUCUGAUAAGUAGGCCUAAUAAGUUCGCGUUCGAGUUGAGGUUAAGGAGUGAAAGGAGGCGAUUGCAGGUUCA